AGGAAAAAGCGCCAACUUGCUGUGCUCUGUCUGAAUUAGUACAAGUGUGAGUGCCUCAGCGUCAACGGACUCUGUCAAAUACACUCCGCUUGCACUCGGAAUGGGCUAUUUGGUGAGCAGCGCUGUUGCGUCCAAAUAAAAAGGGAAAAAGACUCACCCUCAAGGUUUGAAACAAGUGAACCGAGGAGGAUGCCAGGUCUGCAGGGUGAGCACGCCGUGGUGGCGCUGGGUUGCCCAGCGAAGAAGAGCAAACUAUCUCUGAAGUUUUUCCACAAGAAAGAAACCAAACGAGCUUUGGAUUUUUCUGAAUCUCAGACCGAGGAAUCCCGAACCAGUGACAUAUCGAAGUCCACGGCCAGCACCUUUGAUGAGGCGGACCCCGGCCCCUCCCAGUGUCCAGCUUCACCUGGUCAGCUUCUACCAUGUGAGAAGAGAGAGAACCUGGUGCCCUUUGUGGGCCUCAGCAACCUGGGCAACACCUGCUAUCUGAACAGCAUCCUGCAGGUUCUGUAUUACUGCCCGGGGUUCAUAGAAGGAGUUAAGAUGAUGUACAACUUGUCAAGAAAAAAAGACAAGUCAACUGUUGAACCUGAAGAGACAUGUGAUGCUUCUGAGGCUCUGCCCCCCCACAUCGAGCUCCUCGGGAGCUUCAGCAGUCUCAUCACCUCAGUGGAGCAGCUGCAGUCCAGCUUCCUGCUCAACCCUAACAGUCUCAGCAAAGCAGAACUAGCUGCAACACCUCGGAAAAUCCUACACACACUCCGGCGGCUGAACCCCAUGUACGAAGGCUUUCUCCAGCAUGAUGCACAAGAAGUUCUGCAGUGCAUCUUGGGAUAUGUCCAGGAGGCCUGUGACACCAUCAGAAAGGAGCAGGAACUGGAGGUCGACAAAGCGACGGCAAUUAAGACGGAGAACAUCAAUGACUGCAAGUCAAGUGGCUCUUUGAGCGAACUCAAACCUCCGUUAGAAGAGGACCUACAACUUGGCAAGAGAAAGAGCGACACUGAGGAGGGAAAUGCCAAGAAGAAGAAGAAAUCUGUCAAAUCCAAGGAAACUGAUCACGACAAGGAAAUCCUUAUUGGAAAGGCACCUGUCACCCGCUCUAAAAGGAAGUCCUCCAAGGACCUUAUGUCAGACAGCGUACAGAUGACUGAAGCAAAGGAAAAGGGGAAGAAGUCGUCUAACACUGACACAGGGAGUGGUGAGAAGAACAAAGGUGAAAAAGUAUCUGAGAAGUUUGGUGGAAAAUUAAAAAGGAAAGCAGCACUCGGCCGGAUUAAGCUGCCCAGUAACCAGCAGAGCAUUUUCUCUAAGUUUUGUAGCGUAGGGAAGAUCAGGUCCUCAUUUGGGAAGAGCCAAAGCGAAUUGGAGCAGGAUGAAGGACAAACGGACAAACAAAGAAAAGAGACGGCUCGAGAGCCAUCACUUCACAACACCGAUGAAGACAAGAAAAUCACAAAACCUCACGGCGAUCUGGACCUCAUGCAGCGCCUCUUCCAGGGCCGGCUGGUUCUCAGGACUCGGUGUCUGGAGUGUGAGAGCUUCACAGAGCGGAAGGAGAACUUCCAGGACAUCAGUGUCCCGGUGCUCGAUGAGCAGCCCAGCGAACCAGAAAACCUCCCUCAGGUCUCUCCGGAUCCUAAGCCUGAGCUGAAGACUCUGAAAUGGGCCAUUGGUCAAUUUGCUUCCGUGGAGCGCAUCGUUGGAGAGGAUAAAUACUUCUGUGAGACUUGCCAUCAUUACGCCGAAGCUGAAAGAAGUCUGCUGUUUGACAAAACCCCUGAAGUCAUCACCAUUCACCUGAAGCGCUUUUCUGCCAGCAGCCUGGAAUCGGACCCGUACGCUGGCCUCUCCAAAGUGAACACUCCCUUACAGACUCCUCUGACCUUAUCUCUGGAGGAGUGGUGCACAAACUCUAUGUCCUCUGAAAAUCAGCGGUACCAGCUGUUCGCCGUGGUCAUGCACAGCGGCGUCACCAUCAGCAGCGGCCACUACACCGCCUUCAUCCGCAUGUCGGACCUGAAAGAGGCGAAGCUUUCCACGCAGGUCAGGAGAGACGCCAAGCAGGACGAUGCCGGCAGCGUUACGGAGGAAGCCCAAGUGAAAGAUGAAGCGCCAGGCUACGACGACGGAGAGGUGUCUUUCAAGCUGAACGCCGGGCAGCAGAGGUGUGGAGGUUUGGUCGGCAGAAAAUCGGGAAGCAAGAAGCUGUCUGAGGGUAACGUUGGACUGCUGGGAGGCCAGAGGAGUGUGUCCAGUUGUGAGCUGGGGAACGGCAAACACCCCGAGAAAACAGACCCCAGGGAAAACGACGAGAAAACGACGCACAGGUCCAAGCGGAGAAAAACUGUCGGCACCUCCGGUCAGAACGCGGAGAUGGCCGUGAAAAAGGAGUCGGGCCAGGAGUCGGAGGCCACCUGUGGCGGGGAGCGUCAGGCGUUAAGCACUCUGCAGGAGUUUGAGGGGAAAUGGCUGCUGUUCGAUGACUCGGAGGUGUGCGUGUUCGAGGAGGAGGAUUUUCUUCGAGCCUGUUCCCCAGACACAUGCUCCUCAUCGACGCCAUACCUUCUGUUCUACCGGAGGAAGCCUGAAUCCCAACAAUGAAAAACCUUUCAACAGAUGUGCGUUACUACAGCUACCUGUGCCAAAAUACUGUGGUUGAUCCCUUAAUUUGAUUUGAAAAAAUGAAUUAAGAGAAAUUAUCUCAUGUAUGUGGAGGCUGAUUUUUUUUUUUUUUUGUCUGCCUUCAGAAGAAACCGUUUCUGUGUUGUUCCAUUUCUUUAAGUCACUCUAAAUGUGUCGAUGCCACUUUCCUUUCUCUCUGGGGAUUUUUCACUGAUUUUGUUUUCAGCCCACCCCACACAUGCACACUUUUUUUCUUUUCCUCAAUGCCCAUUAGUACUUGUAUUGUUUAUAGUCUCACAGAAUGUCUGCAAAUAAAAAGAAAAAAAAAAAGGAAGCACAUGAAAUCAACUGAAAUGUUUCCAGACCCUACGGUCAGUGUCAUCUUUUCUGGUAAAACACAAAAUGUGAAGCAGAUGCCUAAAUAUAGCUUCAGCACAAUGUUUGUUUUCACGUCCGUUCACUUUUGUACAUUUUGAAGUAUACUUGUACUUCUGAUCAUGGGAAACUUCCUGUUGCACUGCCCUGUGCGUGUGGUUUAAUGAUUUGAGAAACUCGGGAGGUGUAGCCUGCUGCAAGCCGUCUGCACUCCAUUGUCAAACACCUAUUUAAAUUAAACCUAUUGACAACAUUGUUGCAUGCAAAUGGACACAAAUCUCCAAAGUAUAAAUAUAGAAUCACGACUUGUAGCGAGCAUACUGAAGACCACCUUUCAGAAAUACCAGCUUGUCCACAGUCCAACCUCUGGACAUACGUGCACUGAAUUUUUGCAUUUGAAGUCUGAUGCACUUUUUACUAAAAUAUCUGACCUUUGUCCCACUUUGGGUCAUCAACCUUUUUGAAUCAAAUGAUUUUUCACUUUUGUUGCACUUUCCUGCUGCUUGAACUGCCGCUGCGGCGCUCUACGUUGUCGAACAUGUUCACGCACCGGUGGAGGCAGCUGCCAUGCGAUGCACUCGGUCCAUCCAUUAGGUGCAAUUUGGGGUCCAGGACACUUAAACAUGCGGAUUGUUAGGGAAUGGAACCUGCAACGUCCCGAUGGAGAGAUGGCCCGCUCUGCCAACCGACCCACAGCCGCCCACAAUAGUCAGUUUAAAACAAUUCAGUUCGAUUGGCAUUUAUUAGUUUCACAUCCUGACGGCUCUUUGUCUAAUGCACUCAUAUCGGUGAACCAACUCUAAGUGUUCUUGUGUUUCAUUUUUAUGUGGCUCAUUUGGUAAAAAUAAGGCUUCAGGAUUGAAAAGUUAAUGUUUAAUCUUUUUUUUUUCAGUUGUAUUCAUGAUGCUUUACCUGCCAUACUCGCCCAUCUCUCUACGAAUAAGAAACCAUAUUCAAAGAUUUGUGAGAUGACCUUUGCUUUCCAGGCGUUGUCAAGUUUUGAUUUCUCUCUCUGUCACGCAGCUCAUGUCAACUGUUUCUUACCUUCAAGUUGGGAAUUUCACACUAUGAGCAAUAAAGUUUUGCCUUCGUUUUCUUCGU